AUGGGUGCGCGCCAGCUUUGGAGGUCACGUCUCUCCUUCGACAGCUUUCGGGCGCCAUGCCGACACUGGUCAAGCUGUCAUCCCCGACCUUCGGGACACAGCAAGUGGGCCAAAAUCAAACAUGACAAGGGCAAGGCAGAUGCAGCGAAGAGCAGGGUCCGCACCCACUUAUCUGCGGAUAUUAUAAUGGCCUCGAAAUUGGGCGGCCCUGAUCCUACCAUGAACUCCAGACUGGCGCAUGCGAUUGCCGUCGCAAAAAAAGGUCAGCUCUCGAAGACGGCCAUCGAGAACGCCAUUGCGAAAGGACAAGGGAAAUCUCCGAGCGGCCAAGCUCUUGAGAAUGUGACCAUCGAGGCCAUGCUGCCUCAUGGAGUUGCAGCCAUGAUCGAAUGCCAGACCGAUAAUAAAGCGAGGACUCUGACAGAUAUCCGGUACAUCAUCACCAAGGCUGGCGGCACAGUCACUCCUACAGCAUUCAUGUUCGCGAAAAAGGGACGAGUGUCUUUUGAAGAGCAGGAAAAGAUCGGAGUUGAGGAUGCCUUGGAAGAAGCGAUCGAAGCUGGAGCGCUCGACAUUGCGUCGGAAGAAAACAAGCUGGUGGUCGAGACUGAACCUGGUGAUGUGAUAGCCAUUGCCCAAAAGCUCCAAGGCAAGCUGGGGCUCCAGGUGGACAAGGCAGAGGUUAUCUAUGUCCCGAAUGAGGAUUCGAUGGUCAGCCUGUCCACACAACAGGAGGAAGAGGUGCAGACUAUUCUCGACUCUUUAGAGGAAGACCCAAGUCUUCAGAAUCUGUAUAUUAAUGCUGUAGCUGCAUGA